CGGCAAGGCCGCGGGUGGGGGGGGGCGGGUCCCGAGGCCGCGGCGCCGCUCCGCUCCCCGUGUCCCCUCCGCCGCCGCCCCAACCCGUGCCGCUGUCUCCCGCAGGUCCCCACGGCCCGGAGCCGCCAUGGGCCGCCGCCCGGCGCGAUGUUACAGAUACUGCAAGAACAAGCCGUACCCCAAGUCCCGCUUCUGCAGGGGGGUCCCUGACCCCAAAAUCCGCAUCUUCGAUCUGGGGCGGAAGAAGGCGAAGGUGGACGAGUUCCCCCUCUGCGGGCACAUGGUGUCGGACGAGUACGAGCAGCUCAGCUCGGAGGCGCUGGAGGCCGCCCGCAUCUGCGCCAACAAGUACAUGGUGAAGAGCUGCGGGAAGGACGGGUUCCACAUCCGCGUGCGCCUGCACCCCUUCCACGUCAUCCGCAUCAACAAGAUGUUGUCCUGCGCCGGCGCUGACAGGCUGCAGACGGGGAUGCGCGGCGCCUUCGGGAAGCCGCAGGGCACGGUGGCGCGGGUGCACAUCGGGCAGGUGAUCAUGUCCAUCCGCACCAAGGCCCAGAACAAGGAGCACGUGGUGGAGGCCCUGCGCCGCGCCAAGUUCAAGUUCCCGGGGAGGCAGAAGAUCCACAUCUCCAAGAAGUGGGGGUUCACCAAGUUCAAUGCCGACGCCUUCGAGGACAUGGUGGCCCAGAAGCGCCUGAUCCCCGACGGCUGCGGGGUGAAGUACGUCCCGUGCCGGGGGCCCCUCGACCGCUGGCGGGCCCUGCACGCCGCCUGAGCCCCGGGGGGGUCCCACCUGCAAUAAACGCGUGGGGGGCCCUCCCCCCCUCCCCACUG